UGUGAAAUCUACAGACGUUCACUCUAGUCUAUGUUGAUAGCCUUCAGAAAAAGCAAUCGAGCGUGGCUCACUCGAGCAGCCUGUAAGCAAACGAGGGAUAGGAAGAUGGCAUCCACCGACCAACCUGAUCCUUCAACACAGCCUGGCCUUACACCUGGAGAUGAAGCGGCAACUCCCCCUAGAGAAGCACUGAUUACCACUGCUGUAAAAUUUCUACAGAACCCAAAAGUACGUCAGAGCCCCUUGUCCACCAGAAAGGCCUUCUUGAAGAAAAAAGGGCUGACGGAUGAGGAGGUAGAUUUGUCCAUUCUGCGCUCUGGCAGCACAGAAGAAACCCUUCCUCUGAGUCCUGUGGAGCCCCCACAUCCACUCCAUGCAACUCAGCUGGCUCUUGCACCACACAGUCCAGCAGGGUACAGAUGGAGAGACUAUGGUGCCCUCACUAUCAUUAUGGUGGGCAUCGCCUUUGGCUUUCAUCAGCUUUACAAAAAAUACAUCCUUCCCCUCAUUAUGGGCAGCCGGGAGGACAAGAAGCAUCUGCAGAGGAUGGAAAGCAACAUUGUGGCAAUGAGUGGCACGCUGACACAGACAGUCAGCCAGCUGCAGCAGACCCUGGUCUCUGUCCAGGAGCUCCUGAUACAGCAGCAGCAGAGGAUCCAGGAGCUCUCUCAGGAACUGGCUGCAGCAGAGGCAUCGUCUUCAACUAACCGAGUCCUGGACAACCAAACCAUUGGAGAGUUGAAGGCUGAGAUUGUCUCUUUGAAGGGCUUACUGCUCAGCAGGAGACAAUUCCCUUCAACUCCCACUAUUCCUAAAAUCCCCUCAUGGCAGAUUCCCCUGAAGCCCCCAUCAGCACCUGGCUCACCGCCAGUCAACCACACUAACAGCAGCAGCGACAUCUCCCCCGUCAGUAACGAGUCUGCCAACUCCUCCCCCAUCAAAGAUGGACAUCACUGCCCCCAGGAUGCACUGGGAGGGCCUGAUGGAGCGAAUGGUAUCAAUGGAGAUGAUGACACCAUGGGCCUUGGUGGAACGCUGACCCUGGACCUAAAGGACCAGGUCAGCAUGGAAGUGCAGAGGGAAGAGGAGAAGAAGGAGGUUGAGGAAGAGGAGGAGGAUUAUGUCAGCCACGUAGAGGAGGAAAAAGAGGAGGAGAAGGAUCCUGUAAGCAUGCAGACAGAGGCUCGGCGAGGUGGGGAUGGACAGAUUAAGGAACAGGUGGACAAACUGAGGCGGCCUGAGGCUGCCAGCAAUGAGAGUGAGGUGGAUUAGAUAGCAGUAGAAAGCACAAAAACACUCUCUAAACACAUUCUGCUCCUCUCUGCUCACACUUGUUUUUUUUUGUUUUUUUUAAUCCAUCUUCACUGUCUGUUUCCACUUGUUUUUGUAAUGUAUUAAUCUUGAGCAAAAUGAGGAGUAGGUAUGAGAAGAUGCAAAACUGACAAAUAUUGGAGUGUCUAGUUGACACACGGCUUACCUCGAUUUACUUUUCAUCAUGCAAACUAAACGACUGCAUGCAGAGCCAAGUACCACGCUGUGACGUUUCUUUGAAAGGAGAAAUGACAAGCAGUAGUCAAAUCAGAAUUACUUUAAAAGGCUGUGUGCAGUACUAACCGUGUGUGACUGACAGCUUUACAUUUUCAUAAUUUGAUCAGAUAAUUCACAGCUUUGCCUUGGUGUCCUUGUUAUGUUAUCAAGGCUCAUCUUAUCCAGGCCAAAGAGGCAGAGCUGCAGAGAAUAUCUCUUCUGUAUAGAGCAGCUGUAGGUCAGGAGUUGUAUGCUAGUACUUCAGUUUCAAAGUUACCGUGAGCUUACAGAGAAGCAUUAACAGAGGUUUUCUCCCUGUUGAUGGCUAUAGGAGAGGACAAGCUCUUCCAGGGCCGAAGCUUUUAGCCUCUUUUAUGUGUCCUUUCGCAUUGGUGUCAGUCUGUCAAUAAUUCACAAGGCCAGCAGGGUGGCAUUUGGGUGAAAUAAAAGCCCUGAAAUUCGAGAUUAGAAUGUGAUGACGGGCUUUGUUCCAUACCGGUGUCAGGGUGCUCAUAUGCUCGGGGGGGGGGGGGGGGGGGGGGGGGGGGGGGGGGGUGUGUGUGUGUGUGUGUGUGGUGUUGUGUUGUGUGUGGUGUGUGUGUGUGUGUGUGUGUGUGGUGUGUGUGUGUGUGUGUGGGGUGUGUGUGUGUGUGUGUUUGUGUGUGUGUGGUGUGCUUAUUUUCCCUGAGGGCUGAAUUGUGCAUCUUUUGCGAGUGUGUUUGCGCGUGGCAGGCGAGAAACACCAGACUGUCUGCUGAGCUGUAUCUGUGUCUCCAGCAGGGCAGCUGAUUUGGUUUGUGAAGUAUGUUAAUAAUCAAAUGAUCAACAAAUAACAGAUGUAUUAGUUCAUGCAGCUUGAAAUGUCAAGGAGGCUAAAAGCGGAAAUCUAAUACAGAAAGCCCAGUCGCAUUGUAUCAUUUUCUGUGACAAACCCUGCGGUCCAAAUUAUGUAGGGCCUCCUACAGUGAGUAAUCUUUACAGAAAACGGCGCCAAUAUUUUGUAAUUAAGCUGCAAUAAGACAACAAGAGCCACAGAUGGAAGUUGCAGAACUUGUAUGACUUUUUUUCUCAGUGUGGAGGUGGAUGGGGGAAGUUAGAAAAACAUUGCCCCAUGAUUGAAAAGGAAAGUAAUAAAUGAAUACUUGACUUAUUGAAUUACUCACUCUGUCUCCAGCUAACAACAAGAGUCCACGAGUGAGAAGAAGGGAUAUCAGCUCUGGUGCCAUUUCCACUUCCAUUACAUGGCCUUCAUAGAACAACAGAAAAGGUAGAGGGGCACUGCACAUUUCUGUGUGGCACCCGUCCUAACCUACAGAUUGUUAAUGUUGAUUGAUGCCCUGUUAAACAUGUGGAAUGAUGAGAAAAUAACAAUGCAGUAUGCUGUUAAAUAUAUUAUUUGAUUUAGUAGAAAAUAAUAUGUAUGGAUGAAUAAUGUUGGGUAAAAGAAGUAAAUAAUUACAAGGUGUAACUUGCUACUAGCCACUGUAGAACCAGUGAUUGGUCCUCUGUAACCUACUGAUUAUUGUCCGAAUGUCGGCCAAAAUUGUACAUAAUGUAAUAAAUCUGGUUUAUCUUAAGUA